AGCCGCGCUCGGCCCGGCGGCUAUAAAGAAAUGGAGGCAGCGGUGAGCGGCCUGGUGGCGGCAUGACCGAAGUGAAGCUGGCUGUGCUGGGCGGCAGCGGAGCCGGCAAGUCGGCGCUGGCGGUGCGGUUUCUGACGCGGCGGUUCAUCGGGGAGUACGCAUCCAACGCCGAAUGCAUCUACACUAAACACUUAUGCCUGGAUGAGAGGCAGAUACACUUGGAAAUUUAUGAUCCUUGUUCACAGCCACAGCAGGGGAAGCUCUCCCUCACAGACGAGCUCCACUGGGCUGAUGGAUUUAUCAUUGUUUACGACAUCAGUGACAGAGCAUCAUUUGCAUUUGCAAAAGCAUUGCUGUACAGGAUUCGAGAGUCUCGCACAGGAUCUUGUAAAAAAAUGGCUGAGUCAUCAGUAUUUUUGGUUGGUAAUAAACAAGAUUUAUGCCACAUGAGGGAAGUUGGCUGGGAUGAAGGACAGAAGCUGGCAAUAGAUAACAAGUGCCAAUUCUGUGAACUGUCUGCAGCAGAACAUUAUCAAGAAGUUGUGGCAAUGUUCACAAAAGUCCUGAGGACUAUCACAUCAAAUUUCAAAGUGAAGGAAAAGAGACGACCAAGUGGAUCAAAGUCAAUGGCCAAAUUAAUCAACAAUGUGUUUGGAAAGAGAAGGAAAUCUGUGUAAAAGUUGAGCUAUUCUUGAAGUAGGAACAAGAUGAAAUAAUGGAGCACAGGCAGCUCUUGGAUUCAGUUUCCUCCAAAGGUCAGUGCCUGGAGGAGUAAGACAGAAGAAACCAAAGGCAGGAUAUAAUAAGGUCAAGUGGACAUGGUCUAGACCUAGAAGACCUGACCAUCUAUAUCCAGUUCUGCUACAGAUUUACUGUGUUAGGGUUAUGUCACUAAGCUGCUCCUCUCACCAUUUAUCUUAAGUUCUUCAGAGGAGAGCUUUAGUCUGUAUUUAUUAAACACCAGCAUGGUCUUGGAUAGGGCUUCUAGGUGCAAUUGAAGUAUGAACAGUUAUUUCCAAUAAACUCAGCCUUGUUGAUCAAAAUCUUCAGAAUUUUGAGAAGUGGUUGGGUUUUUUUAUGCAAGAACACUUGCACUAAAGCAAAACAGUGCUGCUUCAUGUAAUAAUGUAUUUAAGGAAGGAUGGGUCAGAUCCUUGUGUGCCUAAAGGUGCCUAACACCUGCUAAAAUUCAUAUGAAUUAAAUGUUUAGACACCAAAUCUACAAGAGGUAUUUACCUGCAAAGCUGCCUUGCAGAGGCACUAUAAGUAGGGAAACAGAUAAACAAAGCACUAUGGUCUCCUGUUUCAGGUUUGGGUUUUUUUUUCAUUUUGAGUGAUGAAAGAAAGUAGAGAGGGUUGAGCAGGGUGGGAACUGAAAUGUUAGUGAAAUGUUAGCCAGUGAGCAUCAGAUUGUUUUGGCAAGGUCAUUGUUUAGUGAAAUAAUUCUAUGGCUAGGGCCAGUGUUAAGGCCAGGGUAACAUCUUGGGCUCAUCCCUUUCACGGACCAGUUUUCAUGGACUGCAAAAAUAUUUCUGUGCCUGCUAAAUUUUAGAUGGGAGUGAAGGCUUGAAAAGCAUGUGGUCUAGUAAAGAGCACAAGUUGUUUAGGAUGUCUGCCUGGAUUUAAAGGUCAGCCUGCUGGUAAGGCCUGUGCUCCUAAAUUGCAUAGAGUGUUUUUCCUAAGGACCAAUGUCUUUACAACUAGUCAUCACUAUGGUAUUGAAAUGCCACUUGAGAGAACACUAAGGAAUAUGUUAGCUACACUUUUCAAAUGUGGAUAUUAAACAUCAGAUGGGUAUAAAUAGGUUGUCAAGUGACAGUCAGAGCUCUUACUGUAGACAACUAAAUAAGGGCUUAGCCCAGCGUGUUUGAAAAUGCUGUGCUCAUACAGAAAUUAUGAAAGGGGAGUGAUCUGAAGAUGAAUUACUGCCUCCUAACCAUCCCACAAGACAGCUGAGAUCCAGUCUUUGUAAGCUGCUGAGUUGAAGCCUACCUGUGCUCUGAAAUUUUACCUGCAUUGAAACUUGUAACAUUACUUAAUCACUCACAGCAGAAUACCGAUUUUCAAAUGUCCACCCCAUUAAGAUAAUAUAAGGAACCUAUAUAAUCUUAGCAUCACUGUUAUUAAAAUGUGCUUUAGUUUUAUAAGUGUUGACCAAAGAUCACUUCCUCUUAUUUAAGGAAAAGAUACUGUUUAUUUCACUUGUUUUAAGACUACCAAUAUUGGAAUAUAGUUCUCAGUGUUGACAGACACAGUGUUGCUUUAUUUCUAUGCAGAUGCUGCUCUGCCAUAUCAGGAGUAGUAUAUUUAACUAUUACCAAUAUCUAUGAGGUUGAACUUGAAAACUACUCAUGUACACCCUUCAGCUUUCCAGCACAUAUGGAAUUCCAGAACUACUACUAAGACUGUUGAUCUGUUAGAUAGCUGUAUCUCUCCAGCUCUACCAUUGCCAGAUUUGAGAAUUCUGAACUGUAUUUACUGCUAUGGUAUUAAAUAAACUAGAUAUAAGAUGGA